AUGGCUGGAUUUGCCGACUUUGACGCCGGUCAUCGAGACCUAGUCUCGGUCACCAAAUUCAAUUUUUACGGCAAUCGCAUUGUCACGGCUUCAACUGAUCACCGCAUGAAGGUCUGGGACCAGAAAGACGGUGAAUGGCAGCUCGUAGAUACUUGGCGUGCCCAUGACGCGGAGAUCCGUGAUGCGACCUGGAAUGGCCCUUUCACGGGCCAGCACAUUGGUAGCGUGGGCGAAGACAUGAAAUGCAAGAUAUGGCAGGAGGAUGUUACGCAACCCCCCAAUUCAGGCCGGCGUUUCAGGUCCAUCUUUCGCAUGACCGCCCCUCAGCGCCACCCAUUUGUAUCAAUCGAUUUUCGCAACAUUGAUCUGGAAUCUUGGAUGGCCGUUAUUACUCGCGACGGCUACCUGAUGAUCAUGGAGCCUGUAAGUCCCGACACUCUUGCGGACUGGCAGCCGUUAGAUCAGUUUAGAGUCUGCACUGCUCCUCAGCGAGGAGAAGAAACAAGCUUCAAAGUGCAGUUCCAUCAUGAUCCUUCGGACAUCACGCAUUCUGUAUUGCCCUCUUCAGAUCGCAAAAGUUUGUCGCUGGUGGUAGCCGCCAUGGACAGCGUAAAGAUCUAUCGCACUGAUGCCAGUCGACGUUUUUACCAUGCCAUCGAACUGACGGGACAUGGUGGUCUUGUGAGAGACAUCUCUUGGGCCAAUGGGUCAGUGAGGGGAUAUGACCUCAUUGCUAGUGGCUGCAAGGAUGGCUUCAUCCGGGUUUUCGAGGUAUAUACCACGGCCUCUGGCUCUGGGUCACAAACUUCCAAUGGCAACCACGCACAUUCUUCAUCGCAGUCAUCAUCAAUUCGUGCGACCACCCAGUCAGGUAUCGGCUCUGCCCUUGCAAGCCGUGCUCCUGUGUCGAUGUCCAGUCGUGCCGCGCCCGCAGAUUCACAGUUCAAGCAUUCGUUCAAGGAAAUAGCAUGCAUUGACAGCAAGCACCUAGACGUGUGGCAAGUUGGCUUCUCAUACGCUGGUUAG